GCUAUUGAAACUCUCUCUCCCUGUUUCGUUUUCUCUCUCGCGCUGGGGAUUUGCUGCUACUUUUGCUCUCUCUCUGUUUCGAUUUGCUCUCUCUCUCUCUCUCUGUUUCGCUCCGUCUGGUGGUCUUAGAAUGGAGGUGGCUGAUGCUACUGAUGUGGGUCUAUCUCCUAGCACGCCAAAGGGAAAGGAGUUCCAGAUUCCUGUAAUAUCAUUCAAUACCCUACCGGCGGCGCCGAAGAGAAAACCCGUCUGGUCUAGAAUGGAGGUGGGUGAUGUCACUAAUGUGUGUCUAUCUCCUAGCACGCCAAAGGGAAAGGAGUUCCAGAUUCCUGGAAUAUCAUCCAAUACCCCACCGGCGGCGCCGAAGAGAAAACAGGCGAUUUCGGUGGAUGGGUGCUCCACGACGCCUAAGGGAAAUGAGAUUCCUCGAAUCUCCGAUUGCCCACUGCCGCCAAAGGAAAAACCGGCGAGACCACCCAAGAAUUACGAUAUUCUGUCACUAAAAUUUUUCACCGGAAUGGCUCCCAAGUAUUUUAGGGAUUGAUGCCAAAUAAGUCAAGAAAUAGCUGUGAAGGGGCUUGGAGGAGGCUAUGGUCGCUGAGAAAGGGUAGGAAGCCGGGUAAGAAAAAUCUUAUAGCUUUGUACAUUGUUUUGGGUAUGUGCCUGAAGGGUCUUUGAUCUUGAUAAGAUGCAGCCAGAGGGCUCAAGCACGACUAGCCCCGAUUGUAUUGGUAUAUUGCGGAUAUUCUCUAACCAGUUUCUCGAAGCAAAGGUAUGCUUUUACUUGUCUCCUUUCUUAUCUGAUUGCCUAGUUUCCUUUCAGUAAUGUCUUGAUCUACUUGCCUCUGCACUUGUGUUUAUCUUAAUGAAAUCUUGAAACCAAUAGAUAUUCUGUAGAUGACAUCAUUUUUAGUACUAGUGGAAGCAGCACCAAUAGUACUUAUAGCUAUUGGCUUGGAAUUUGGUUGCAUUUACCGCAUCAAAAGUGGACAUUGGACAUCCCGUUUCAAGCUUCAGGUGGAUAACCUCUCAGACAAAAGCCAGUUUUUCUAUAAACAGGUCUAGCUUUCAGAGUGGAUGACCAAGCCCUUCAAUUAUUUGCCGUUACUCCAGCUUCAGUUAGCUUGGUCAGCCUGCAGGGAAACCCUAGAUCAGAUUAUAUCCACACUAUUGUUCAUCUUGAACCUUCUUAUGUCAUACAAAAGUUUUUAGAUGCACAAAGAAUGUACAAUCAUAUGACUCUUCUCUUAAACUGUUACACCAAAUUGAAAGAUGUGGAGAAGCUAAAUAUAUUUACAACAAUGGGUUAAAUACAAUUCCUUAUCAAUAUAUAUAU